GAUGAUUGUGAGACAGUGUCAAAGUUAUGAUGGUUUAAAAAAUUACUUAUGUUGCUAAUUAUAACAAAGGACAUCUAAACAUAUGCAUUUUGUAACAUAAAAUCCAUUCAAGAACUGAAGAGCAUAGCAGCUGAUGACUACACUUUCUGAAAACUUAUCAACAGAUGAUUGCCAAUUUAUUCUUCCUUACUACAGUAGACUUUCGUGGAAUGCCAGAUUGCCUCGGAAAAAGAUUAGACCGCUUAAACUUCCUUUGACACACAUCAGGUAUCUGUGUACAGAAACAGACAAAUGCCUCAGCGACCAACAAUGUCUGCAAGCUGUGGAAGAUCUACAACAUCGAGAUAUGAAGCAAGGCCUCUCCGAUAUCAGAUACAACUUUCUGAUAGGAGCAACUGGCACUGUAUACGAGGGACGAGGGUGGAAGCUUGAUGCCCACAGACCAGCCAAAUACGAUGCUCUCAAGGGAAAAUGUCUUGAUAUAGCUUAUAUUGGCGAUUACUCGGUAAGAAUGCCUCCGGUGGAUUUGAUAGUCUCCGCCCUUAACUUAGUAGCUCUGGGAGUUGAGAAAAAGCUCAUUUAUCGAACUUACAUGCCUAUACCUUUUACACAAGAUAAAGAUGACAAUAAAAUAUAA